UUUUGAACAUAAAAAUCAUUUUUUGACAAAAUGCUCCAAACUUAUACACCAGUUGGCACUGUGAUCAAAACUUUUGUAUAAUCCUCUUCUUCUUCCUCUUCCUCCCUUCAUGCCAAAAAAACUACCAUUUUCAAUUUCACCAAUCUUCACAACAACUCGACGAACAAAUUCAAAAUGUCGUACGACACCGUUUACCACUCUCAUUCAAAACCCAAAAUCCUCUUCAACUUCAACAACUUCCUUAAACUUCACAUUCUUAAACCACCUUAAAAACCAAAGAAUAGACUCAGCACGUGCCGUGUUCAACAAAAUCCCUUCCCCUCACGUGUCUCUCUACACCAAAAUGCUCCUAGCUUACGCUCACAACAACAAUCUCUCAGAAGCAAUCAAUAUUUUCCACCAAAUCCCAUCAAACACCAAAGAUACAAUCUCAUGGAACUCCAUGAUCAAAGCUUCAAUAAUCUGUGGUGAUUUUGUCACUGCAGUUAAACUGUUCGAUGAAAUGCCGCACAGAAAUUCAAUCUCAUGGACAACAAUAAUCCAUGGUUUUUUAUCAGUUGGGAGAGUUGUUGAAGCUGAAAGAUUCUUCCAUGCAAUGCCAUAUGCUGAUAAAGAUGUUGCCACGUGGAAUGCUAUGGUCAACGGUUACUGUAAUAACGGUAGAGUUGACGAUGCUCUUCGUUUGUUUCGUCAAAUGCCUUCCCGUGAUGUUAUUUCUUGGACUUCGAUCAUUGCUGGGUUGGAUCGUAAUGGAAAGAGUUAUCAAGCGUUGAUUUUUUUGCAGAACAUGGUGGGUUUUACUGGUGUUGAAAUUUCUUCAACUACUUUGGUUUGUGGGUUGUCUGCUGCUGCUAAAAUUUCUGAUUUUUACGCGGGUAUUCAGAUUCAUUGUUGUAUGUUUAAGUUUGGUUAUUGUUGUGGUUUUGAUGCAUUUGUGUCGGCUUCGCUUGUUACUUUUUACGCGUGUUGUAAGAGGAUGGAUGAUGCUUGUAGGGUAUUUGGUGAGACUGUUUGUAAGAAUGUGGUGGUUUGGACCGCUCUUUUGACUGGGUAUGGUUUGAAUGAUAAGCAUAUGGAGGCGUUGGAGGUUUUUGGUGAAAUGAUGAGAUUCAAUGUGGUGCCUAAUGAGUCUUCUUUUACUAGUGCUUUGAAUUCAUGUGUUGGGUUGGAGGAUCUUGAGAAGGGGAGAGUGAUUCAUGCUGCAGGAAUUAAGAUGGGUUUGGAAAAUGGGGUCUAUGUGGGGAAUUCUCUCGUUGUUAUGUAUAGUAAAUGUGGUUUUAUUGGUGAUGCAUUGUGUGUGUUUAGGGGGAUUGGUGAGAAGAAUGUUGUGUCUUGGAAUUCUGUGAUUGUUGGUUGUGCUCAGCAUGGAUGUGGAGUGUGGGCUUUGACACUUUUUAAACAAAUGUUGAUGGAAGGUGUUGAGUCUGAUGAGAUCACGUUGACCGGUUUGCUUUCUGCUUGUAGCAGGUCUGGGAUGUUACAAAAGGCGAGGUGUUUUUUUGAGUACUUUGGUCAGAAAAUAUCGUUGAAGCUGACGAUUGAGCACUAUGUUUGUAUGGUGGAUGUGCUUGGCCGGUGUGGAGAGGUGGAAGAAGCGGAAGCGUUGGCAAUGAGCAUGCCCGUUGAAGCAAACUCAAUGGUGUGGCUGGUUUUGCUGAGUGCCUGCAGGGUGCAUUCUAAUUUGGCUGUUGCGGAAAGAGCUGCAAAACGGAUAUUUGAAAUGGAGCCUGGUUGUAGUGCUGCGUAUGUGUUGUUAUCGAACUUGUAUGCAUCUUCUAGAAGAUGGUCUGAAGUUGCAAGGAUUAGGAGAAAAAUGAAACAUAAUGGAGUUGUAAAACAACCCGGGUCAAGUUGGAUAAACUUAAAAGGACUAAGGCAUGAAUUUCGGUCUGCCGAUAGGUCCCAUCCUCUUACUGAGAAAAUAUAUGAAAAAUUAGAGUGGUUAGGGGUAAAGUUAAAUGAAUUAGGUUAUGUUCCUGAUCAACAAUUUGCCUUGCAUGAUGUUGAAAUCGAGCAAACAGAAGAAAUGCUGUCUUACCACAGUGAAAGGCUUGCAAUUGCAUUUGGGUUGCUUAGCACUUCGGAAGGAAGUACACUAACUGUAAUGAAGAAUCUUCGUGUAUGUGGGGAUUGUCAUAAUGCAAUAAAGCUUGUGGCAAAGAUUGUUGACAGAGAGAUCGUGGUCAGAGAUUCUAGCCGCUUUCAUCACUUUAAGAAUGGCAUAUGUUCUUGUGGUGAUUAUUGGUAAAACAUUGUUCAUUAAAAAGUCCGAGAGUUUACACUGAAAACGCCGAGGAAAGAAAAAGAGUUGAACAUCCGUGAAUUUUUUUGUUUGUGAUGCGCUGCAGAUCCUCGAUAACAAAGGAGGAAGUGUAAAGUUUGGUAUGACACAUUCAUUGUCAUUGUAAUCUGUUGAUUAAGAUAUGAUUCUUAGUUAUUGAAGGAGCAAAAAGAACAUUUUGUGAUAAGGAGUAAAUAAUUCAAGGCGAGAAGCAUGAACUCGAGUCAUCGCCGCCAACAAGGAUAUAAUAUUUUCUCGGUGAUACAAAUUAUACAAGAGAUCAUGUUUCCUAUAUAGCAAGGUCUAUAGAUGAUCCUAAGAAGGAACAGAGGCAGGUGGGGGAAAUUUAGAUGGAAUAAUAAAAGGUGUUGGCAAUGAGAAGAUUUUGUGACUCUUUGAUAUCUGUCAACCUCGUUUGUUGGUACAUUGGAAUUGGUAAGAUUGGAAUGUUUAACAAAAUUUGCAGAGGACUUUUAAGACUCAUAAAAAGACACAUGUGCUUAAUCAUGAAACAAUUUCUCAUAUACAAAACUUUACAUUAAUUAAGAAAUCAAAAGUAGAAAACAUGGCAACCAGGUUGUUUUUGGUAAUGGAAAUGGAGGAAUUAUCGUGUGCAUGAUACCAACUUCAAGGAAACAUGGCAACCAUGGUGCUUUAUUCUGAACCAAGUCCGUUCCUAUAAAACCACGCAGCAGAGGUACUGUCAUAUGUAGGAACUUACCAAAACUGAGAUUCACAUUAGUUGGAGGUCACCCCAGUGUAAUUGGAUGCUUCUAAAUACUGAUGGUGCGGCCAAAAAGGAGACUGGUAUGACUGGUUGUGGAGGGCUGUUACGUGACUCAAAUGGUAGAUGGGUCGUUCGUUUUGCAAAGAAUUUAGGCAACACUAAUGCCUACAUGGCAGAAUUAUGGGGGCUUUAUGAAGGUUUGAAAUUAGCUAAUCAAAUGGGAGUGCAUCAGCUAGAAGUACAAUUGGAUUCCUAAAUAGUAGUUAUUGAUAGUAUCCAACAUGGCAGGAUAGGGAGUGCCAAAGCAUGGAGCAUUAUCAGAAGAAUUAAACAGUUGCUUGACCUUAAUUGGAAUGUCCGGAUUAGUCACACUUGUCGGGAGGCCAACAGAUGUGCAGACGUGCUUGCUAAUAUGUGGUGUAUUGUUCAACAUGGUUUACAUGUUUUUGAUAUACCUCCUCCUAAGGUGGUGUCAGUUUUAGACAAUGAUCUUAGGGGUGUCUCUCUCCCCCGCAUAGUUUCAUCGUAGUCUUUCUCUUUUGGGCUUAGGCCCCUUCGUGUACACACAAAAAAAAAAAAGUAUAAAAUUUAAGAUGACUUUGAUUGAAUAUGUUUCGUGUACUGCAAUAUUUGGAGCAAAUAGGGGGAAGUAAUUCAUGUGGCUGCUUGAAGAUUAAGUGGUGCAAACCUUCAAAAGUGGAAUUCACCAAAAAGAAAUACAGCUUCAAGGGGAAGGAAGGAUAGUAACACCUUUUAUUUACUACCCAAAACAACCUGGUAGACUCAUGAUACCUACCACCUCAGGCCCUGUUUAUCUUCCUUUAACAUUUACUGGUAGACUGGUAGUGUGUUUAAAUGUCCCUACUCCUAAAAAAAUUAAUUUUUUAGGAAAACCUCGAGAGAAAUAAUUUUUGGUCAUACUUUAUUUAUUUCAACCUAAACUCUAGAUUAUCCUAACAUAGCAUAUUUGAGCGCCCCAGCCAAAACGAAUUC